CGAACCUGGUCGGCUCCGUGUUGCGGCAUCUUUGCAUCGCUCCCCAAUCCAUCGCUCGAGCUGCAGACACCCCAGCCUCACCUCGGACGAGAAAGUUCUCCACCUCAGAAAUGCCGACGCAGAUCUCUGAUGCGCCUCAUGCGGAGCCGGGUCACCCGGCUGAGAGCAGACCGGGUGGGCCUAUCCAGCUGGAGAAUACGUCCAAAAGAGAUUACCUGCAAUCGCUAGAGAAGCAGUACCAAUCCGAAUGGGGUACCGCAAAGUAUUUCGAGGUGGACAGUCCAAUGGUCUCAGAGAAGGACGCGGGUUUGGAGACCAUGUCGCCGGAAGAGAUCCGAAAGAAGUACCCCAAAACCCUCUUUACUUUCCCAUUCGCAUACGCUAACGGAAGCCUGCAUUUGGGACACGCAUUCUCGCUCUCCAAAAUCGAGUUCGCUACUGGUUAUGAGCGCAUGAAGGGCAAAAGAGCUCUUUUUCCCUGGGCUUUUCACUGCACCGGCAUGCCGAUCCGCGCUUGUGCCGACAAACUUCAACGUGAAAUCGAGCUUUUCGGGCCUGACUUCUCUGGCUUUGACCCUGAAACUGAGAACGAAGCAGCUGCAGUGGAGGCGACGGCAGCUGCAGCUGGUGGCGGAGAGGCAGCCAAUGUGGGAAAAGCCACAAAGGGCAAGGUGGCUGCUAAGAGCACUGGACUGAAAUAUCAGUUCCAGAUCAUGGAGGCUACUGGAGUUCCCAGGGAAGAGAUACACAAGUUUGCGGAUGCCCAGUAUUGGCUGCAUUAUUACCCUCCGAUCUCCAAGGCCGACUGCACAGCCAUCGGAGCCCGUAUUGAUUGGCGACGUGCAUUCUUGACCACAGACAUCAAUCCGUACUUUGACUCUUUCGUAAGGUGGCAGAUCAACAAGCUGCGAGCGAUGGACAAGAUCAAAUUCGGAGAGAGAUACACAAUUUACAGUCCAAAAGAUGGUCAACCGUGCAUGGACCACGACAGAGCUGAGGGCGAGGCGUUGGGCCCCCAAGAAUACACAGGUCUCAAGAUGGAGGUGGUGCAGUGGAGUGCGAACGCUGCGCCGGAAUUGGACGCCAAGCUGCAGGGCAAGAAUGUCUAUUUCGUCGCUGCCACGCUGAGACCCGAGACAAUGUAUGGACAAACUAAUUGUUACGUGGGCCCGAGCAUCAACUAUGGCCUCUUUGCCAUCAAUGACAAGGACGUCUACCUGUGCACUGAACGCGCUGCCAGAAACAUGGCUUUCCAAGGUGUCACAUCUGAACGGGGAGAGGUCAAGAAACUUGCCUCGAUUGCAGGAUCCAAGCUUGUUGGAACCCGCAUCAAGGCUCCCUUUGGACACUACCCAGAGGUCUACAUUCUGCCUAUGGACUCGGUCCUGCCCACAAAGGGAACAGGCGUCGUGACUUCCGUGCCAAGCGAUUCUCCGGACGACUACGCGAACUUGAUGGAGCUGCGCAAGAAAGCGGAGUACUACAAGGUGGACCCUCAGUGGGUCUCUUACGACCCGUUCCCUGUGAUCACGACGCCCACGUAUGGCGAUCUGACGGCCGAGACGCUGUGCAAGCAGCUCAAGAUCCAGUCUCCGAAAGACGCAAAGCAGUUGGCAGAGGCCAAGGAGCUUGCAUACAAGGAAGGCUUCUACUCUGGCAAAAUGGUCACGGGACAGUACAAGGGCGAAGCGGUGCAGGAUGCCAAGCCCAAAGUUAGACAGGACAUGAUUGAUGCCGGACUCGCUUUUGCUUACGCAGAACCCGAGGGCAAGGUGGUCAGUAGAAGUGCGGACGAUUGUGUUGUCGCAUUGUGCGAUCAGUGGUACAUUGACUACGGAGAGGACAAGUGGAAGAUGCAGGCCGAAAAACUCGUCGCUCAGAUGCAGACGUUCAACGAUGAGACGAGGAACGGUUUCGAAGGAGUUCUCGGCUGGCUUCAUCAAUGGGCCUGUGCUAGGAGCUACGGUCUUGGUUCCAAGCUCCCUUGGGACGAGCAAUUCCUCGUGGAAUCGCUCAGCGACUCUACUAUCUACAUGGCGUACUACACUGUCUCUCACUUCCUGCAAGACGGCGUCGUGGAUGGUUCCAAAGUCGGGCCGCUCGGCAUCCAAGCGAAGGAUCUGACAGACGACGUCUGGGAUUACAUUCUCAGCGACACCGCUUAUCCCCAGGAUUCUGCAAUUUCUAAAGAGGUCUUGACCAAGCUGAGGCGCGAGUUCAGGUACUUCUACCCCAUGGAUCUACGAUCAAGUGGUAAGGACCUCAUACCGAAUCACUUGACCUUCUGCGUGUACGUCCACGCUGCUCUAUUUCCCGAGGAGCACUGGCCCCAAGCAAUGCGCAUAAACGGUCAUCUGAUGCUCAACGGAAAGAAGAUGAGUAAGAGCACAGGGAAUGUCUUGACGUUGCGUCAAGCUGUCGACAAAUUCGGAGCCGAUGCGACGCGUAUCAGUCUCGCUGAUGCUGGAGAUGGUAUCGAGGAUGCCAACUUUGAAGAAAAGACUGCCAACGCCAACAUCCUUCGUAUCCACACUCUGCUGGACUGGUGCGAUGCUCAAAUGUCUGAUCGAUCGAAACUCAGGAGCGGGCCCAAAGACUCCUUCUGGGACGCAGCUUUCGAAAACGAUAUGAAUCUGCUCGUGGAGCAAGCAGCCGCCGCUUACGAAGAGUCGCUGUAUCGAGAAGCGCUCAAGUUCGGAUGGUACGAGCUGCUAACCGCAAGAGAUCUGUACAGAGAAGCGACGGCGGACAUCGGCAUGCAUGUGGAGCUGAUCGAACAAUGGAUCAGGGUUCAAGCUCUCAUCAUGACUCCUAUCGCACCUCACUUUGCAGAGCACCUUUGGAAGAAGACACUGGGCAACGAGAAGCAAAGUGUGCAAGUUCAAAGAUGGCCUGCUCUAUCCAAGCCCAUCGACAAGGGACUGUCAGAUGCGGCAACGUACGUCCGAGCAACGACAAAGACGAUCCGAGAUGGAGAGGCGACGAUUCUCAAGCGCAAGUCGAAGGGCAAGGACAGCUCAGGCUUUGACCCCAAGAAGCCUAAAGCCGUCAAGGUGUUCGUCGCAACGGAAUUUCCCAAUUGGCAAAAUGCAUGUGUGCAGGCCAUCAAGAGUCAUUUGGACGAAAAGACGGGUGCGGUGGACGAUAAGGGUGUGAGGCAAGCGCUAGCUGAGGCAGGCAUCGUCAAGGACAAGCGCGUCAUGCCUUUCGUCAUGAACUUCAAGAGACGCUUGGCGGAAUUUGGACCCAGCGUGGCUUUCAACAGAGCACUUCCCUUUGAUGAGCUCGCAACUCUGCAAUCCGCCGCAGCUUACCUCAAGAGGACGCUGGGUCUGCAAGAACUUCACGUUGCGCUCAUCAAGGAUGCGCAGGGAGACGACGCCAAGAUUGCCGAGCACGCUUUGCCCGCUGAACCGGCCUUCGACAUCUACAAUGUCGAGGCGUAAGUGACUUUGCUGCAGCUGUACGCGUCUUUGAGAGUGCACGUCAAUGUGAUAAAUUGUUCAGGCCGGACAUCCCGCGGAGCAUGCGCU